AAUUGGAGGUUUGACUCUAAAGAAAUCAGAAGUCUUAAUAUUUUUUGUCAAAUUAAUUACAUAAGCUGUUAUCUGAUGUUUUUUAAUUUCUUCAUCUUUUUUUACAAUGUAGGACGGAAAACCGCAGACAUAAAACAAUGUCCAGGGUCACUCGUGAAACAGGACACCUCUAAAACUCAUGAGGCCUUUGAGAAGGUUUACCAAACCCAGAAGACACAGAGGGAGACGGCUGGGCUGGUGGGAGGGGCAGAGAGAGGAGAGAGAGAGAGCUGUCCUAACGCCGCGAGCCAGGAGCAGCAGCAGAACGCAGGUCAACAUGCUGACCGCCCCUCACAAGACCAGUGGAGGAACCCAGCCUCAAUAACCGACGCACGGCGGCUCCGAACAUGUUGUUGUGUCCUCAGUGACAGAACCCCGACUUCAGCGAGUCCAGACGAUGUGAGCUGCCUUCAGCACCUUGGCGUGAGUUAGAGAUGGCAGAGAACGGGCCGGCCAAGGCCUCCGUGGGGCUCACCUCCGUCACCCUCGCCGUGUGGAUCCUUCUGCUGGUCCCAGCGCUGCCGGAGAGGACAGGAGAGUCCAGCGAUCCCAGGAGGGAGCUCAUCAAGGAGCUGCUGUCAAAGUGGAGCAAGGGAGGCGUCUGGAACACGCCCCAGGCCCCGGGGCCAGGACCGGACCGGGACCAGAAGGUCCUCCACCCCCUGGUGAGGAGCAUCAUGGGGGGCCUCAAAACCCUCGGGCUCUUCCCCAACAACGACCCGGGCCCCUCAUCCCCGAACAGGGCGGUGGACCGCCACCGCCUGUCCAGCUUCCUGUACAACAUCUCCCAGUACCUCCAGGAGAUGGGAGCGGAGCUGGAGGAGGGCCCGGCCAGCGAGGAGCAGCUGUGGGAGAAGGUCCUGCAGUCCUUCAUCCAGUCGGAGGGCAGCGCUGCGCAGAGCCAGUGGAGCGGCCAGGGCCCGCCGCGGCCCAGCGUGCGGCUCCAGGACUGGUUCCUGGCCCUGCGGGGCAGCCCGCACUGGGACUGGGCCCUGGGGCUCCUGGAGAGCCUGAUCUCCCUCUCGGAGCGCCAGCCCCAUCGGCCCCUCCUGGCCUUCCUGUCCCAGAACUGGCGCACGGCGUCAGCGCUGCUGGACGCCAUGCUGCAGGGCCUGGUGAGCGGCAGCUACGGCCAGGCCAGCGCCGCCCUGCAGGGCUUCAUCUGCGCGCUGAAGGGCCGCGCCGACUGCUCCUUCAGCGUCAGCUGGCUGCAGCAGCUGCUGCUCUUCCUGGAGGGGCGGAGCUGGAGGCCCGUGGUCAGCGUGCACCCCAUGGGGGGGGGGCCCGACAGCCACCGGGCCCCCGCCGCCUCCGGGCGUCUGAGGCCCUUCAGCCUGCCCCCCGAGGCCACGGAGGAGGGGGGCCCCCUGGGCAGCGGCCCCCUGGGCAGCGACCCCCUGGGGAGCGGCCCCCCUGGUAACGGCUCCCUGGGAGACGUGGAGGAGCUGUGGUCCCUGGCGGAGGACCUGGGCUCCAUGCAGAGCUUCCUGCUGAGCGCCCUGUCGCGGUCGGGGGCCGGGGGCCGCGCGGGGCCUCCGGCCGAGAGGAGCCCCGCCCUGGUGGCGCGGCUGGACGGGCUGCGGCGGGGGCUGGUGCACCGCGUGGGCAACACCGUCUACAGGAGCCUGAGGACCAAGGUGUCCCGCGUCACCAUGGCGAUGCUGGAUGACGUCAGCAGCCGGGUUGAGCUCCCGCACGCCAACCCCCAGGGGAAGUGCUCCGUCGGUGACCUGAGACAGCUAAUCCUAUGGGGGAUCAAACACAACGUGACCUGGAACACCCAGGCUCUGGGCUUCAGCUCCCAGGGGCCCCCCGCCGCCCCCCCGUUCCUGUCCUGCCCCGACGUUGCAGACCCCGGCCCCGAGUCCUCCGGGCCCCUGGCCCGGCCCCACGCGUCCCUAAGACCCACGCUGCUGUCAAGGAAACACACCCCUCCCAUCACCAUCUCCCAGAGACAGGCCCCCCGGAGAGAGGCCCCUGAGCCCCUGCUGUCCUCAGAGAUCCUGGAGGCGGCGUGCAACGCCUCCAUCCCUGGGCUCACCGGCGUGUCCAACUUCACCGUCUUCCUGUACUGCAACCUGUUCUCCGCGGAGAACAGGUCGGGGGCCGCGGGGCCAGCCGCCGGGGGCCCCGACCUGCACGCCACCUGCUCCGACGCCGCAUGGUACCUGUGGGCGGCCGAGGAGGACUUCCUGUGGGUCCACGUCUGCAGCGAGUUCUUCGCCCAGGAGUUCAACAACACGGUCUGCGCCAACUCCUCCUUCUGGCUGCAGAGAGCGCAUCAGGCCGCGGCCUCUAAGGACGACCCGUACUUCAACCCAUCCAGCAUCAGCCAGCUGUGUGUGGCGCUGUCGGGGGAGCCGGUGAGGAGCACGGCGCCCCCGGACCCCGCCUGCCUGGACGCGCUGGCGUCCCACGCCCUGACCGCGACCGACUUCCACCGCUGCUUCCUGCCCAACGACUCGGCCCUGAUCUCCGCGCUGUGCGGCCCCCCAGACCGGGCCCCCGAGGGCGGCUGGGCGGCGGAGUACUGCUCCAAGGCCUCCCCCCCGCCCCGGGCGGGCCCCGGGGACCCCUGCGACUACGGGGCGUGGCAGCCAGAGAGCUUCACCAACGCCUCCCUGCUGGAGAGCUGCGGGGGGCCCCGGGGCCUGAGGGACUACCUCUGUGACCCCGCCUCCCUGCCGCCCCAGGGGCCUGACGAGCCCGACCUCGACGAGCUGUGCGCCGACGGGGCCCCUGAGCCGGAGCCCGGGCCCUGCUUCCUGCAGAGGUUCUUCCAGCUGCUGCCGGCGCCGUACGACUUCGACAGCUCCCAGCUGUGCGCGGACCCCGGGCCCCUGCUGCUGGAGGCCCUGGGGCGGCUGAGCUCCUGCCAGCUGGACGAGGGGCCCCGCGGCGGCUGGCUGGGGGCCCUGGGCUACGCGCUGCGCGUGCUAGACUUCAUGGUGGGGGUGUCGGCGGGGCUGGAGGAGGGCGAGGGCGAGGCCAGGGCGGGGCUGGCCCAGGCCAUCCUGCUCUCCAGCCUCCUGGACAACGCCUCCUUCUGGGGCGCGCUGAGGCCCCAGGCCGCCCGCAGCGUCCUGCACACGGUGGGACGCUUCCUCCGCAUGGAGCAGGACCCUGCCCUCAAAGAGGACCUGCUGGGCUGCUUCAGCCCUCUGCUGUGGGAGCUGAUCCAGAGAGAGGACAACUCCUCGUCGCUGCGCGUCCUUAUGCAGGAGUACCUCCAGAUGCCCAGGGAGAGCAUCCGCACACUGGUGAUGUCUGCGGAGAAGGACGCUGUGAAGAGGUUCCUCUCCCACGUGCAUCAGAGCUGGGACCAGCUCCACGUUGAAACCACACAGGCGUCCCAGCAGGAGCUCCAGGCAAUGGAGUCCAUGACCGCCGCCUUCAUCCACAAGUUCCCGCGCGUGACUCCUGAGCUCUUCCUUGACCUGUCGCAGUUCAUUCCUUUCAUGUCCGUCUCCGACAUCCUGACCUUCCCCGCUUCGCUCAUCGUCAACGACAGCGUGUUGAUGGCUAUCCGCGACCACAGCGCAGAGAUGCGUCCGGACCAGAAGCAGGCGUUCGUCAAGCGGCUGCUGCAGUCCAGCGUUCUGGGGGACGUCCCCACCUGGCCCCCCUACUUCCUCAGCUCGCUGCUCCCCCUGCUGCCACACCUCCCAGUCCACCGCUUCCAGCAGCUCACCUCCCAGCAGCUGGCUCCUCUGGUGGAGCUGCUGGCCAACAGCAGCCUGGACGGCACCAGGGGGCGCCACGUUCUGCGGACCCUCCUGCACCGCAGGAAGAACCUGACCGGGGACCACCUGCUGAGGUUGGGGGGGCUGGCGUGCUACCUGGACCCGGCCGACCUGGGGCCCCUCCUCCAGGGGCCCCUGCUCCAGCCCCGGUCCGCUGGCCUCUGGCAGCAGCUGGCCCGCUGCGUGUCGGAGGGCCACCUCAGCCCCGCCGGCCGGCUCUCCACCUUGCUGCUCCCUGCAGUAGCCGCUCUGGACUCCAGCCUCCUGUCCCGUGAGGAGCUGUCAGCGCUCAGCGGCCUGCUGCCCCGGCUCGGGGCCUCCUUCCUGGAGCCGCUGCCCACCCCCCGGCUCCUGGAGCUCCUGACAGCCCCGGGGGUCCCCAGCUACCCCCCUGCUCAGGCGUCUCUGCUGCUCUCGAGGAUCUCAGAGGACACCAAGAUCACCAUGGAGACGCUGUGCCGGCUGAAGCCCCUCCUCCCCGGCCUGUCCCUGGCCGUGCUGCGGGCCCUGGGCUGGUCUGAGAUCAGCUCCGGGGCCUCCUGCCAGUGCUGGAGCAGCCUCGGGUCUGGUCUGAGAGCCGGCCAGAGAGCCAUGGUGUUCUCCGCUCUGCAGGAGGCGCUGCUGAGCGGGGGGGUGAUGAACACCUCGCUGGGGGCCCCGUGCCUCGGGCCCUUCGUCCCGCUGAGGAGGUUGAUGGAGCUGGUGGAGGGGGAGGCGGUGCUGGAGGACCUGCGCCCCUACAGGGAGGUCCACUGGCUCCCCCAGCAGGCCCAACUGCUGUUCAAGAAGAUCCAAGAAGUUAAAAACAUCAGCAGAGAAUUGGUUCAGGAUCUAGGUCACAUGACCGGUGGAAUGAGCUGUGAUUGGCUUAGGCUUUGGAACAAUGACACAGACUUUUCAAAGUUAGUUAAGUUGGUCAGUGAUCUUCCUGAAAUUAUAAGACCGGCUCUGAGGAAAUGUAUCGUGGAAGAGCUGAGAAUCCACCCGGAGAUCAGCCUGGAUGAUCUCCACCCCUGGUUCGCUGCAGCGUUACCCGUCACCAUGGCCGAGCGGCUCUCCAACACGUCUCUGACCCGGAUCCUGGUCCUGCUCAGGAGGAACCUCCCGGCGUUCCUGACGCUCCCGCGCUACAAGCAGAUGCACCUAGCCGAGCGGGCCCUGACCGUCCUGGCUUCCCCCAGGGCCCUAGCUGAAGGGGCCCUCGAGGGGGACAGCCUGGACCUGCUGGGGCCCCUGGUCCCCUUCCUGGAGCGGGGGACUCUGGCCCUGGUGGACCGCGAGGCCCUCAUCGUGCGGCUGGACGACCUGAGGGGCUACUGCUGGCCAAGUGACCCCCUGGGGGGCCUGGGGCCCCUGCUGGGAGAGAGGACCCUGCUGGGGGAGCCGUCCAAGUGGGAGGUCCAGGACGUGGAACAUCUAGGACGGCUGGUCCUCACGCUGUCGGCCAAGCAGAUCAACUCUAUCCCCCUGGCCGUGCUGACCCGGGACGCGGUGGAGCAGGUGCUGGUGGCGCAGCGGCGCUGGGAGGAGACGAGGGCGGGAAGGGCCUGUGAUGCCCACUGCACGGACCCCCGUCGACGGGCAGAGCUCACGGACGGCCUGCUGCGAGGGAUCGUCAGGCCACGGAGCAGGAGAGCCAAAGUCCCGGUCCCAAGCUGUGCGGACAUCAGAGGGACCACUCCCUCCGCCUGGACGGCCAAUCAGCUGAGCCGAAUGACCCCGGAGGAUCUGAGGCUGUGUGUGGACGUGAUUGGUCAGGACAAGUCCCUGAGCCCGGAGCAACGCCGGGCGCUGUGGUUAAAGUACCGACAGGUCUUGGGUCCAGCGAGGGAGCUGAGCGCGGAGCAGCUCCUGCUGCUGGGCGCGGUGGUCACCGAGAUGGGCGAGAGGGAGCUGCAGGAGGCAGAGCUCGCCCAGCCGGGGGUCCUGGAGCAGCUGGGGGCCCUUGGGGCCUGGAGCCCUCAGAAGAUGAGGGCGGUGGUCGUGAGUGUCCUGAGGAAGCGGCGACAGAGGGUGGAGCAGCUGACGGCGCCGGACCUGGCGUCGCUCGGGGGGCUGGUCUGCGGCCUGCACCCCCCCGAGAUCAACCGGAUCGACGCCUACAAUCUCAGCCUGGCUGUCCUGUUCCUGCGGGAGGUGGUGCUGCCUUGCUCAGAGGAGCAGCUUCAGGCCCUGACCGGGCGGCUGUCCCGGCCCGAGGCCUUCGGGGUGGUGUCCGGCUGGGGGCCCGAGGUGUUCACCGAGAUCGGGACGUUGGCAGCGGGGCUGCAGGACAUGGCGCUGUCCUCCCUGGUGAGAGAGCAGAUAGAGGGUCUCACACUGGAAGCCAUUCCCCUGAUCCCCCCCAAGAAGAUGGCGGUGGUCCUGAGCGCGGCCCAGCUGUCCUGGCUGAGCGGGGAGCAGGCCUGGGCCGUGACCCCGGAGCAGUGGGCGGAGCUGGACGGCCGGCAGCGCCACGCCCUGGGCCUGGUCCAGUACGAGGGGGACGUGCUGCUGGAGAUGAGAGGGAGGAACGGGGCUCCGGCCUCCAGAUCAGCAGACAGACUCGCCCGUUGUUUCCUGGCUGCAUGGAUUCUGCUACGGCUAAUAGAUUAACUUCCUCCAGCACAUUUGUAUUUAUUUGUCCCUUGACUCUAUAUAUCAUUGUCCCAUUUGUAAUUUGAAUAAAGAUUUUGU